AUGCUGGAACGGGCAUCAGGCUGCCUCGAAAACGCAGGACGGCGCGUUCUCCGAAACUCCCACGGUGCGGUUCGAAGCGGUUACCCCUUGUGUGAUCGCAGUCGCAAGGAAAGAGGUGCUGGGGUGGAUGCGCCCCACUGGCUCUUAGCACUUUUGCAGGCGUCGGGUCAACAAUCAUCUUCAGCCGCCGAUGCCUGCCAUGGAAACAAAAGUGGAAGAGCUGGUGGUGGCCCACGGCCUCUCGAAUUCUUAUACCCCCGAGAACCCCAACGCCUGGUAGCUCCCCGGCCAUCACAUCCCCAAAGGAGGCCUGGGCUGCGGAGGAGGAGAUCGCUCGUGGGACUUUCAAGAUCUUACGUCUCCGUCUCAAGCCUUCGGCAAGCAGUUGCCGAUGUUUCUCUCGGUCAUGAACAUGCAUCCCAGGGAACUGAAGGCCAAGAGGCUAAAGAUUCAUGUAUUCAAGACCCGGUAACCGAAGAUCAACAGGUUGAGGACCCGGAGAUUGAGGACCUCGCGCCAGGAGGUCUGGGACCAAGAGACCCGGAAAAUGGAAAUCAGACGACCGAAAAACCUCAGGAUCCCGAAUCCAUUGAACGAGAGCGCAAUCUCCAGGCUCGGCUGCACGAGUUCUUGCAGAAAGAUACCCACCUAUUUGAUACAGCUUGGAUUCGGUUCGUUGCAGCUGGGCGCCCCUCGAAUCUCGUGUCACCGCUUUGUGCGUACAUGAGCAAGUCGAAAACGUUCAAGGACAAAAGACGAGCGUGGUACCUGUUUCAACUAAUUCCUCACGAAAAACGCACAGCUUAUGACUACCGCAACAUACUAGCUUCAGACCUCCAACUGUCACAUGUCGACAAGCCUCGACAUUUGGACAACAUUUGCACCCAUGUUUUAUCUACGCCGUUCGCGCAAGAGAUUAUUUCUCUGGUUGUGAAGCACUACGUGGAGCAAAGGGAAUGGGGCCGACUUAGAUUCCUUUGGUCUAAGUUGAUAGCAAUCCCCCUCUCCAAGCGUGGAUCGCUAUGUUAUGAUGUGCUACAGCAUAUCAAUAGGACCAGUUUCCCAGAAUUCUCCUUUGCCAGACAUCUUCUUGACCUCGCGCCAUAUGCUAUGCGUCAUAUCGAUGAUGAGACAACCUACGAUUUCACUCGACGUCUGUUGCAGCGAUUUGCCGAAUCUAAAGACAUUCUCGAAUUCACGCCACCCUCCAGCAUUCUUGCAGUCCUCAGAGCUUACGGCUCCACGGGGCUAUUGCACCACCGUGCAUAUAUCAAACUGAUAAAUCACCAUCUCUUCGGCGACCGAGACCAAUUCAUCCGGGGCAUUCUCUUUUACCGUCAGUUUCGUUCCGAUAUGCCUGAUGUCAAGCCGCCUAAGCCAAUGUUGGUCCAAGUACUGGAGCGUCUUCAAGAGCUCAGGAUACCGGAGGCUGUGGAUUACUUCUUGGAUGAACUCCAAUCCCGCACUCGACAACCACCUAGUAUCUACGUCCUCGUGCGGGCGCUCAAUACCUUCGCAAUGUCCUCGGAUGUAAAGAAUGUGCACCGGAUCUACAAUCUGUUGAUUGAACUUCAUGGCCUUCCUAGAAGCCGAAAGAUCGUUGCCCCUGUCCUUCUGGUUCACGCCAGGCUGGGUGAUGUGCCCGGAACACUUCGACAAUUUGAACGAAUUGCAGCUGAGUUUGACCUCACUCCCAGCACGACCUGUUGGAACAUGCUUAUUCUGGCCCAUGCCAAUGCCGGAGACUUACAAGGUGCUCUGUCGACGUUCUCGGAUUUGCUGGAAAGUGGACAACCUCCCGAUACAUAUUCAUUUGGCCCAUUGUUGACACUAUUCUCGAAGCGAGGAGACGUUGCCAAUGUUCGCCGGUUGAUCAAAGAGGCCCAGCUCAGAGGGGUCAAAAUGAACACAUCCCUACUCGACAAAGCUGUCCGGGCGUACUGCUCUAACGGAGAGCUUAGGUUCGCUGAAGAGCUCAUUGAGGCAAGCGUCAAUUUGGUUGAGGGGUCUACCCUGCGAAUGUGGAACAUCCUUCUCAUGCACUAUGCGCGCAGGAUAUCCAAGUAUUCCUUCCGCCGCAUUCUGGAUCGCAUUGGCAAGCUCGGGUUAGUACCGGAUGCCUGGACUCACGCAGCCAUCAUGCUUGCCUACUCUUUGAGCAACCAACCUGAUUUUGCGCGAAACUCUCUCAGAACCAUGCACCGAUCAGGCUUGCGGGCGACUCAGCAUCAUUACUCCAUUCUUCUACUUGGAUAUCUCAGGCGGCGCAAUCGCGACAUGGUACAUGUCAUCUUUCGCGAAAUAGAAACUCGAUUCGGUCGACCUGGAUUGAGUGCAAGCUUGUUGAACCUGCAGAUGCAGAUCAGGCGAGACUUGGAGAACGUACAUGACAAGAACACGCCUGCGGAAAACAUCGUCUUGGAACAAGCCGAGAAAACACUUAUGAAGUCGAUCGAAAACUUUUCUGCCAACCCUGCUGCUGCCACACAUGCCUCGCCUAUGACGACCGAGGGCUCCUCGGUAGACCUUGCCACCACUAUGCAUUAUCAACAUUUGGUCACCAGUUACGCUGUAGAAGGGUCGACUGAAAAAGCCUUCGAUAUGCUCAACCAAUACAUAUCCCACAGGAAACUUUCGGGGAUCCAGGGCAAUGACUUGGAAUCCUUACCGCUUGGUUUUGUGAAAGCCAUCAUGAUACUCAACCAGAAAACCCAACGAUUUGAUAAGGUGGAGGACUGCUGGCACGUUCUGAUGGGCAAGGUUCACAAACUCGCUGGUAAUGUGAGCCUUGACGAAUUCUUCUCUGCGUCAACAUCAGAGUCAUCUCUGGCCGCGCCAGUUGACUCUGAAUCAGGCGCCAAAGGCAGCAUUCUCUCGUCUCGACGUUACAUGUUGGACUUCCCAUUUACCCUUUUCAUGCGAUCAUUGGCUUGUCGGGAACAGUUCGACAGGAUACAUGAUGAGGUAGCCAAGUUUCAGCAGGCAGGAUUUUCCAUGAGUGGUAUGAAUUGGUCAAACUACGUUGCCUCGCUUGCAUCAUCAGACAACACCAAAGAUAUUGUGGCCGCUUUCCAACUGUUCGAGGAGAAGUUCUUCCCCCAUUUCCCUGGGUGGUCGUGGAUGAAACAAGGAUACGGCAUCAGGCCGCUUCAUUGCCCCGUUACUAUUCACCAUCUCGACGGCCAAUUUGGCAUGAACAAACCCCGCAGGAUGAUGGGUAGACACGCCAUCAACCACUGGCGAAGACUCGAUCCCGGCUACAUGCACCCUGAUUACCCAACCAUGGUGCUGCUCGCGGCUGCGAUCAGACGGCUGAGGGAUGCCAGUAUCGAGGAGGGUCCUGAGCGGAUGAAAACCCUCCAUGCCACUGCGACGAACACAUUUGAGAUCAUCGCCAAUAUGCCAUACCUGCCUGACAAAUAUCAGGGUGCAUUGCUUCGUGACAGAGAAGUAUUCCCAGAUGCACUCUCCUUCCCAGUCAAGAUCUUCACCACAAGGACUGGUGCUCUGGGUGUUGAACGCGGCCCCACCACCCGCACCUUCGCUCGUGCAACCGAGGAGCCUCUCGAUCUUGAUAUGCACAUCAAUCGCAACCCUGUCGACGAACAGAAUGUCACACGAUUACUGCCCGAUGCAGAACGUGAAAGUUUGGGUGCCCUCGCGACCGUCAUUCCCCGUGAGGAUCGCAUCGCCAUUGAACAACAGUUCUAUGAGUACAGUGAGCUCACGAGAAUCUGGAAGAAGCGAAGCGCGCACCAGCAGGGAAUCAUCCAGAAAGCCAAACUUGAAAAUAAGGGCUUGAUGUAUGGCAUUCCGGUCGAGUUCGUCCUCAACAAGUACAAGCCAAAGAAGCUGGCAUUGGAACAACAGUUGUUCAACAAGUAUCACCGCAGGUGGAGACACAAGAAACCCACCUACCUGCUAUACAAGCCUGUCUCGGGUUAUCGGGAGCAGCGAAACUACCGUGCCUACUCCGCGCAAGGACUGUCACAGCGCGGUAUGGGCCGGAAGAGAAAGAAGAGACGAGAAUUCCCCACCAUGACACGCGAAGAAGCGUCUGUCAUAGGCCGGGGUAGAGUUACCCGUGCCAUCGAAGCACGAAAAGCGGCCAAGGCCGCUCAACUUGCUCAGGCCGCCAAGGCUGAGGAGUUCAUCACAAGCUCUGAAGUGUAA